GCUUUGGUAAUCUUGUCGUUUUAUUUUUAAAAUCUUGAAUAUGGUCACCUACUUAAAGUAGGCGAGUAGAUACGCCUACUUAAUAUAAAAUGUCGUACUUAGAAUAACUUGAGUUGUUAAUUAAGUACAAAGUAAGGACUUUACUGUCUUGGAAACUAUUGAUCAAACAAAAACGUCAAAUGCCUACAAUUUAGUUAACAAUCAGUCAAUCAAGUCCAGUGGUGUAUUAAGAAGUAGUACUAAGGUAAAAUUAAACAGAAUGGAAAAUCCACCACCACCGGCUUCGACAUCAUCGAAACAGGACAAAAAAGAUUCACUCGUAUACGAGUACUUCAAAAAGAGAAGGGAGUUCGGAAAGCAAACUUUGUUCGAAGAUCAAGGCCCUGAAUUAAUCGUCAAUAUUCCCGGGAACCCUGCGGUAUAUGGUAAUUAUGUUCUGAGGAAUCCUGUACAUGUGGCCAUACAGAAUACCGGAACUAUGUCUGAACAUUGGGUCAAUUCAGAAAGAGCGGAAUACACGACAUCUGGCAUGAAUCAUAUUGAAGGCGGAUGGCCUAAAGACAUCAACAUGAAUGAUCCUGAAGCCACUUUAAGGUACAGGCGCAAGAUAGAGAAGGAUGAUGCAUAUAUCCACGCUGUAAUGCACUUGGGACAUAGUAUGGAGCACAACAUUCUGCAAAACAACGCGAUGGACAUGUACCAAAUUUACUAUUCCGAAUUGCCGCCAAUACCGCCAGUGGAGCACAGUACAUGUCACACUGUCAAUGUAUAUCGAGAACCUGGGACUCGACGCCCAGUUAGGUCCUUAUCCUGGCAGUCGGAUGGUGGCGCGAAGCUCGCAUCCGCGCAUGCUGAUAUUGAUCUUGUAAAGAAUUCCAGGACUCAACAAUUCUCUUAUAUUUGGGAUAUUGAAAAUGCGAACGCACCAGAACUAGUAAUGAAGUCGCUUUCACCAUUGCUAGAUUUACAAUACAACCCACGAGAUCAGCACACUUUAGUGGGGGGAAUGGUAAAUGGACAGGUGGGUUGGUGGGACAUGCGAAAGGGUGGCGAAGCAGUCGGAAUUUGUCCACCGCAUGUAGCGCACAGAGAUUUAGUUCGAAACGUUUUAUUCAUCAAUUCGAAAACCGGCGCAGAAUUCUUUUCCUCAUCACCUGAUGGCGUUGUUAAAUGGUGGGACACCCGAAACAUGAACGAACCCACAGACUCCAUGAUCAUUGACCUUGUCAAAGCACCUACAGAUCCUCAAAGCAUAGAGAACGCUUUAGGAAUUUCCGCACUCGAAUACGAGCCAACCAUACCCACUAGGUUCAUGGUCGGAACAGAAACUGGACUCGUCAUUGGAGGAAAUCGUAAAGGAAAAAACCCAGUUGAGAAACUACCAAAUAGGUAUGAAGCUCAUCUCGGUCCAGUGUAUGCUCUUCAACGUAAUCCGACAUUCUUGAAGAAUUUCUUAACUGUAGGGGAUUGGACGGCUCGCGUCUGGAGCGAGGAUUGUCGAGAAUCAUCUAUCCUAUGGACCUACUCACAUCGGACUAAACUUACUGAUGGCGCUUGGAAUCCUAUUAGAUUUUCAUUGAUGUUGGUCACCCAAUGGGACGGAUGUCUAUCAUGUUGGGAUUUGUUGCGAAGGCGUAGUGCUCCAAUUGUGACGGCGCAAAUCUGCGACGAACCCCUGUUAAGACUUCGCCCACAUGAGGGAGGAUUACUCGUGGCGUGUGGUAGCAGUAAAGGAACAGUAUACCUUGCAGAAUUAUCCCAAAACCUCGGAACAGCCGAUAAAAAUGACAAACAACUUCUGACACAUAUCCUGGAACGCGAGAACAAACGAGAGCGUAUUCUAGAGGCGCGUAUGAGGGAGCUUCGAUUGCGAAUGCGGCAGGACCGCGAUGGUGGACCGCAAGUCAACGAAAGUGACCCUACGGCCAAUGACAAAGAUUUAGAAGAGGCUACUGCCGAAUAUACACAGAUGGUCAGCAAUUUGCAGGCCAAAGAAAAUGGUCAAGCAAAUCAAUCAUAAACAAAACUACCGCAAUCAAUCGAUCAUCCUCAAUCAACACUGCACAUAAUAAUAAUGUACACACUCAUAAUGUAUCAAACAACCAAGAGGGAACCUCUGACUAAAAUAUGCAUAAGAACGUAUAUAAAUCACGUUCUUUCCCAUUUUUAAGUAUUACUACGGGCCAAUAACACAAGAGGACGGCGAAUCUCUAUACUACAG